UAAAUAUGGGGGAGCAAGGUGGUUGGCUGGAGGCUAACAGAGGAGACUGGGUGGCCAUCUUGGAUUCCCAGACACAGACGGGUGCAGCCAAGGGCUCAGGGGACAUCAUCACUGAGCAGGCCAGGACCAGAGGCGACAUAGAGGAGGUCAGUGGAUGGGACAGCGCCCUUAACUCUGGGCUGGGGAACAACACUGUUACCCACAACCAGAAACAGACAGUGUUCUACAUAACAAGAACCGAACUUAGUCUCCAUGACAACAGGCUGGCUGAGACCAGGGCGAGGCGUAGAGGCCUGUUUCGAAUGCGGUGGGAGAGAACAGACGCAGCUAGCGGUAGUCCGUCCUGCUCCUAUAGUUGUGAUUCAGAGAGACUGAUGGCGCCUCAGGUUAACCCCCUAACAGGUGCUGCCUUCAGCAUGCCUUCUAUAGGAUCUAUCAACUGGAACAUGGAGCCUGCAACAUCACAGACACUCCCUGGCCUUCGUCCUCCUCACACUCUCCUAAUGUUAAACCAGACCUCAGACAAUGCCAGUGCCUCAACACUAAAUGGCAACACAAGCCCAUUGACAAAUGACAGUAGUAGUAAUUCUAUCAGUAGAUCCGGUGGCAAAGAGAAGCGCUUCCUGUGUUCGUUCUGUGGGAAAGCCUUCAGUUUCCCCGAACAGGUGGAGAUCCACCAGAGGAUGCACCGGGGGAGAAAGAAUUCGGCUGUCACGUGUGCCGGGCCAAUUUCUCCCACUCGUCCAAGCUGA